AAAGUGCGGGAACACACAGCGGCGGCAGCAACUUGCAGUCGAGAGCAGAGCUUCUCGGCUGGCUACUGGAGCUCCUAUUCAUUGUGCAAGGGAAUUCCAACGCUCGCCAGCUUGACUAGCUGCUAAACUAAACUCAUAUGGCCAGAAAGCCCAGCCGGGAUUGGUCGAAUUCCAGAUCACGCUGGGCAAAAAGGCUUGAUUUCCACCUUUGAUUUAAACUAACAAUAUUUGCGAGGACUCGGUGACCAUCUAGAGGGAAUCGCACGCUUUCGCCUUCUCUUCUCCUUUUUCAGCUUGGGAGGGGGAGAAGAAAACUUGAUACCAGAUUUAAAGGGCCCACUGCAAGUUAGCGACAACAAAAGUCUGCGGAACAGCCGGCCCCUUCCUCCUCCUCUCUGAGAGCGAAGAUCCUCGGCCAGAAGCCGGCAGGCAGCACCGCUCCAUCGGCUGGAUUUUCCUUCUCUCCGUCCCGCACCGAGCCGUUGUUUGGAAGGGCGAUUCUCCCCGCAUGAUGCAGAAUUACAAGUACGACAAAGCGAUUGCUCCAGAGAGCAAGAAUGGGGGCAGCCCUGCCUUGAACAACAACCCGACCAAAAGCAACAGCAAGAAAGUUUUGCUUAUUUGCCUCGAUCUCUUCUGCCUCUUCAUGGCUGGACUACCAUUUCUGAUCAUUGAAACAAGCACAAUUGCACCCUAUGAACGAGGAUUUUACUGUAAUGAUGAGAGCAUCAGCUAUCCCUUGAAAAGUGGAGAGACUAUCAAUGAUGCCGUCUUGUGUGCUGCAGGCAUUCUCAUUGCCAUACUUGCUAUCAUCAUAGGAGAGUUUUAUCGGAUUCACUGUUUGAAGGAGAAAUCCAGAUCCUUCAUCCAGAACCCUUAUGUGGCAGCUUUGUACAAACAAAUUGGUUGCUUUGCCUUUGGUUGUGCCAUCAGCCAAUCUUUCACAGACAUUGCAAAAGUCUCUGUUGGACGUUUAAGACCCAAUUUCCUGGCAGUUUGCAAUCCAAAUAUUACACUAACCAACUGCUCAAAAGGUUAUAUUGAAGUUUAUCGGUGCCUUAAUACAGAUGAAAGCAAAGUCCAGGAAGCCAGGAAAUCUUUCUUCUCUGGCCAUGCCUCAUUCUCCCUCUACACCAUGCUUUAUCUGGUGCUGUAUCUGCAGGCCAGGUUUACCUGGAGAGGAGCCCGCCUGCUACGUCCUCUGCUACAGUUUACCCUGCUUAUGAUGGCCUUUUACACAGGACUGUCUCGUGUAUCUGACCACAAACAUCAUCCAUCAGAUGUAUUGGCAGGCUUUGCACAAGGGGCCCUGGUGGCUUAUUGCAUAGUGUUUUAUGUCUCUGACCUCUUCAAACAGAAAACAAAGACUCCUUUGCCUCCUCCUCCAAUCCGGAAGGAGAUCCUUUCACCUGUGGAUAUAAUUGAUAGGAACAAUCAUCACAACAUGGUGUAAAUGACUGGCAGAUUUUUUUAAAAAAAUUGAUUUGUUUUGCAAAAUGACUGCUGACAGCAACUACCUGCUGCUCUCAAUCUCAUCAGACAGUAGAAUGUAGGGAGAGACUCUUACCUGACCAAUAAGGUCUUACUUGGUGGCCUUUAUAUUCUUACAGCAUUUGCAUAAAAUGGAUGUUGUUUAACUAAGUGUAAGACAAAAUGAAAAAACAAUUCAAAACAUGCAGGAAUUCUAAAUGUGCAAUUGGCUAAGUGUUCAUGUUGUAGUGAAUGCUGAAUUGUUCAUAGCUUAAUGAACACUAAAUGAUUCUAGGAAACUGGCCAUCUCUGCAUUUUUUUCACUAUGAUGCUUCCAAUUCCUGUUGAGAGAGGAGGGAAAGAAAAGGGGAAAAAAACCCUCACCAUCCUAGACUAUAGCACUGUCUACCAGAAAUAAGCACUGAUUCAGGAUUUGUGAUCACUCUAAUUUCUUAUAUUUUAUAUAUUGAUUUUCUUUGACUCCAUUCCAUACUGUGACUUAAUUUUGAUUUAGAAGAAGCUUGCCCUAUAAGAUGUUGCAAGGGUUUCUAUUCCCACUACACAAACUUUGGGGUGGGGGGACUUUAUAUACCUGACUGUGCCUAAAGGAAGUCUGUUCUCCAUUUGGAAUAUAAUACAAUCUGCAGGGUCCCCCCCCCCCCUCAGCUAUCAUCUUUCUUAUUUUCCUCCAGCAUCUGUAUGACAGUCUCCAUAUUCACAUUUUUAUUCUCUAUUAAGCAUCAGAGAGCAGGUUAGACUUGUCAAAUGAGGAAUGCUUGAGAAGUGCAGGAUCCGUAUCUUUACAUAUGUAUCAUACCAGUACUGUAUGAAAUGUCUACCCUGUGUAGAACUUGCUUUAUGUCCUGGUAAAAUCUCCCUCUUGUUUCCAUUGAUGCAUGCAGAUUGCUAAAGUAAUUUCUAAACCAUUGAGGACCAACUCAUUUAAAAUUCACAGAAUGUUCUUUUAUUAGUAGGUCAGUCUUGAUAUACAUUAGCACUAUGGGAUCUGGACUUCAGACCUAGAAAACAUGGAUCUUGCAAAUCUGGGACAGACUGCUGGGCGGAGCUGUCCUAGUAUGACAUUCAGUGAAAUCCCUCUCCUUAUUUUCCAUGGCCUGAAGAAAAGGGAUUGUUAUAAACUGUUAAUUAGACACUAGGCCAAAUGCUGCUCUCAACUAUUACCAAGGGCAAAUGAAGAAGAGAAGCAGAACUUUGCCCAGUAACUCUCCUUCUAGGCUUUCAAAUAGAAUUCCAAAAGACAAUUUUUUUUAAAAAAAGAUGUUUUGAGAACUGAAUAACGAAUGCUAACCAUGCAGACUGGCCUUUGCACAUCCUUGUCAUACAGAAUCCGUCCUAUCAUUUCAAUUCUAGCAAGCUAUGAUUUUUAUAAAUAUAUAUAAAUAUUAUAUAAAUAAUGUAUAAAACAUUAAAAAUUAACUAUGUAAAAUAUUAUUUCUGAAACAAUUUUAGAUAUAUCCACUAUGAUUAUAAACUGUGUUUUGACCUGUGUUAUUUACAUUUUGCUGCUUAAAAAAAGCAUUGACUUAAUUUUUUUAUAGUUGACUAAAAUAUUGUAGUUCUGUGGUAGCAAUAUUUUAAUGAAAAUAACAACUAAAGACAAUUGUAUAAAACCAUAUUAAAUUGUCUGUAUUUUUGUAAUGUUUCUUAAAAAAAAAAAGAAUAUGCAAGUUUUUUGUAGAGUACAAAAUUAAAGUUUGUAUUUGCAAAAACAUUGCUGUAUAAAUGUGCUUUAUAAAUAAAUUUUCUGGGCACAAUUAA